UCUCCGUCUGUGUGUGCCAGGCUCCCCGCUCGCUCACAGCGCCUGUCCUCUCCGCCUCCUCCUCUCCUUCCUCCUCGUCGCUGCCCUCCUUUUCCCCCCGGUCCUCCUCCCAUUCCUCCUCGCUCUCGCCCGUCUUUUCCGUGCAGUUUGGUUUUUCUCCACCCUGCGGAUUUCUUCCGUCUCCCCCGGGAGGACAGCGAAGGCGGUGAAGCGCUGUCGUGACUUGUCCGCCACUGCAAGAGAAGGAGGGAAUAGGGCAGUCGAGAGAGAGAGAGAAGAGAGAGAGAGACUGAGACAGAGAGAGACCGAACGAGAGAAAGAGGGAGACAGACCGAGAGAGAGAGAGAGAGAGAGAGAGAGACAGACGGAGGGAGGGAGAGACAGACGGAGAGAGGGCGAUCGAUCAGCGAGGACGGAUAGCUUGCCGUGCUUGCCGUGCAGGGCAGGAACCGGCUCUGCUUUCUGCUGUAGUCUGGGACCGAGGAAACCAGUCCUCUGGUGAGACCGCAUCAACCGGUCUACUGCCGGGAAACAGACUGGGUAGCUCGCCGGGAUAACUGCUCAGCUUUUCACCCAGGGGACCCUUCCCGCUCUCAUCCGAGCCUCCUACUUGAACUUUUUUUUUUUUUUAAACGUCGGGAGUAUCUUUGUUCGGGGAUCGGUGCGGUGGGAAAGUUCGAUGCCUUCCUGACAUUAUUGAUCUCCGCCGGGAUAUGAUCAUGCUGGACACCAACCACUGCCUCUCCUUUGAGCCAGCCUCCCCAAUGGGCUCUCCUCCAAUCGGGGAGGACCUGGAGAAGGCAGACUUGAGGACAGACCUGGACAGGGAUGUCUAUCACAGCCUCAAGGAAGCCCUCCAGCUUAAACUUCAGCAGAGACGAACCCGAGAGGAACUGGUCAGCCAAGGGAUCAUGCCACCGCUGAAAAGCCCGGCAGCCUUCCACGAACAGAGGAGGAGUCUGGAGAGAGCCAGGACGGAGGACUACCUGAAGAGGAAGAUCCGCAGCCGCCCCGAGCGAUCCGAGUUGGUCAGGAUGCACAUCCUGGAGGAGACGUCAGCGGAGCCGUCCCUGCAGGCCAAGCAGCUGCAGCUCAAGAGGGCCAGGCUGGCCGACGACCUCAACGACAAGAUCUCCCACCGGCCCGGCCCCAUAGAGCUGGUCCACAAGAACAUCCUGCCCGUGGUGUUGGACGCCCUGCCCGAUUCUCCGAAGGGUGCCGGAGGGGAGAGCUCAUUGGACGAGGACAGCAGCGAUGCCUUGUCCCCUGAUCAGCUGACCAAUCACGACUCUCCUUUGGGCUCCAUUCCCCAGCUGUCCCCCUCUGACAUGCUGACCCAGAACGGAGACAUGUCCCCCUCCCAGUUCCUCUCACAGCCUCCCCCACCUCCUCCGCCCCCUCCCCCCCUGCUGACCAACGGCAUUGACUCCUCCUUGUCUCAGAGGCUGACCAAUGGGACGCCGGCGCCGGCUAACUCCCGCCCACUGACCAGCCAGGCCAAGUCCAAGAGCAGCUCAGACCGACCUCCGCAGAGAUCCAAGAAAGCCAAAGACAACAAACCCAAGGUGAAGAAGCUCAAGUACCACCAGUACAUCCCCCCCGACCAGAAGGCGGACAAGGAGCCGCCGCCCCAGCUGGACUCCUCCUACGCCAAGAUCCUCCAGCAGCAGCAGCUCUUCCUCCAGCUACAGAUCCUCAACCAGCAGCAGCAGCACUACAACUACCACACCAUCCUGCCUGCCCCGCCCAAACCACCAACGGAGACGACCCCGUCAACAAAAUCAGGCCCCUCCCCUUCCCGGAGUGUAUCCACGACGACGACGGGGACCCCCUCCAAUCAGAGCGGGCCCCACCGUCAGAGCCAAACAGCACCAGGUGGAGCCAAACCAAGCACUUUACCGGCCAACCUCGACGAGUUCAAGGUCGCCGAGUUGAAACAGGAGCUGAAGCUCCGGGGUCUGACCGUGUCCGGCACGAAGAUCGACCUCAUCGAACGCCUCCGAAACUACCAGGAGCAGAACGGGGGCGGAGCCCUGAAGAACGGCCAAUCGCAGGCCGCGCAACCACUCGCCCACAACGCCACGCCCGCUCCCAACGCACUCCACCAAUCAGGAGAGGGCCUGACCAGGGUGCCGUCGUUCUCAUUGGCCCAGGGGCCCGUGCCGGGGCGGGUCAUGCGCUUCGGCAGCACCAGCUCCAGCCCCCCCGUGUCGCCCACGCCGUCGGAGCGCUCGCUGGCCGGGAUGAGCCCCGACGAGACCAGCUGCAGCGGCGACGCCUUCGGGGAGAUGGUCAGCUCCCCCCUCACCCAGCUCACCCUGCAGCACUCCCCCCAGAACCCCUCGGGUGCCUCCCCCCUCUCCCAGGUGAAGGAGGAGCACCACAGCCCCUGCAGCCUGUCCCGGCCCUCGCCCGGCCGCGGCGCCACCCCGACGCCAGAGCCCCAGGACGCCGCCGGCUCCCGGGACAAGGACCAGAUGCUGCAGGAGAAGGACAAGCAGAUCGAGGAGCUCACCCGCAUGCUGAAGCAGAAGCAGCGGCUGGUGGAGACGCUGCGCUCGCAGCUGGAGCACAAGGCCCCGGCGCCCGCCGCCGCCGCCCCGGCCGAGGCCAAGCCCCAGACUCUGUUCAAGGCCUCUGUGCUGCAGCCGCCCACGCUGCCCAACGGCAUGCUGGUCCGGAUCAAGAAGGAGGUCAAGGAGGCGGAGCACCACCACCAUCAGCACCGCCAGGAGGACGAGGACGAGGAGGCCAUGGAGGGGGUGACGGAGGAGGCCCAGGCCCGGCGGGGGGGUCAGCCCACCCAGUGCUCCCAGGAGACGCUCCUGAAGCUGCAGCAGAUCCGCAGGAUUCAGGUGCAGCAGGCGGAGCAGCAGCAGCUGCUCAAGCAGCAGCUCCUGAAGCAGCAGCAGCAGCAGGCAGUAAAGCAGCAGCAGCAGGUGGUUCAGCAGCAGCAGGCGGUAAAGCAGCAGCAGCAGCAGCAGACGGUAAAGCAGCAGCAGGCGGUUCAGCAGCAGCAGCAGCAGGCGGUCCAGCAGAAGGCUGCCGAGGCCAAGCAGCCGCCAGCCCCCCGGCCCGCGGGCCAGAAGACGGCGGGCGGUCAGCAGCUCCUGCUGCAGCAGCAGCAGAUCCAGCAGCUCAUCAUCCAGCAGACGCAGCAGAAGCACCUGCAGGCGCAGCAGAGGCUACUCGCCCAGCAGAAGCUCAGCGCUCAGGCCAAGCAGAGCAAGCCGGCGCACCACAGCCCCACCAAGGCCCCGGUCCAGGCCCAGGCCCCGGUCCAGGCCCAGGCCCCGGCCCAGGCCCAGGCCCGGCUCCAGGCCCAGGCCCAGGCCGGGCCGCAGAAGACCCCGCUGCAGCUCCGGCAGGUGGAGGUGCAGGUGCAGAAGCCCCCCGGGGCUCUGGUGCAGCUGAAGAGACCGCCGCGUGCCCCGCAGCCGUCCACGGCCCCCCCGGCUCGACAGGUGGGCCCGGUCUUCAUCAACCAGCUGAACAGCUCCCAGAUGCCCACCCAGACCAUCUCCCUGGACCUGCUCAAGGCCAACGGCACGCCCACGCUGGUCACCGACGGCAACGGAAACCACUACCUGGUGGCACUGACCAGUAACACCAGUAACACCACGGACACUCAGAGCAAAGUGUCCCCGGGGAAAAGCAACGGGCGCAUCAUGCUUCAGAGACUACAGUCCACUCCAAACAAACUCCCCAGCCAAGCCAUCAACCCCCCCCCUGCGGACCCCAAGUCCAGCGAGCCCCCCGUGCAGCCGGCGCCGGUGGACCCGUCCGUCAAAAAGGUGCCGAAGGCGGGACUUCACCUGGAGACCAAUGGCGCGCCAGAACCCAGCCAGUCAGUCUCCGCCCCCCCCAGCCUGCAGCCCUUCUUCGAAGACAUGGCCGACAGCGAGUGCCAAAGCACCCUCAUCUCAUCCUUCAAGAGCGAGGAGGCGUGUCCAACCUACGACCGCCACGCCCUCUUCACCCCUCCCUCCCCCAAACCCAAAUCUCCCUUUUCCACCCAGCGCCCAAAAGAGAACGGCCUGAACAGCCAGCAGAUGGACGACCUGUUCGACAUCCUGCUGAAGAGCGGAGAGAUCUCUGGCUUCAAGGCCAACCCGGACCCCUCCCUCGCCCACCUCCACUCCGGCCCCCACUCCCCGGCCUCCCCCCCGCCGCUCUCCCCCCUGCACCUCUCCCCCCCGUCCCCCCCGCCCCCGGGGACACCGCCCGGCCGGGUUCCCGCGGCGACGGGCGGCCGCCUCGAGGACUUCCUGGACGGCCCCUCGGGGGGCGGGGCCCUGCUGCUGGGGGCGGGGCCUCUGACGCUGAUGGACGAGCUCCACAGCCAGAUGCUGGGCUCGGCCGGCCUGCUGGAGCACGCCCACUCCCACUCGCCCAUGGACACCUCGGACCUGGGCUACUCCGCCCACCACCCCUCGCCCAGCCUGGGCUUCGAAGACCCCACCCUGGACAGCAUGGACUGGCUGGACAUCUCCAUGGCGGGGGGGCCGGUGGUGGGCGGGGACGACGGGGGCGUGGCCGGGAGCCGGGGGACGGGGCUCGGGCCCUUGGCUCCGCCCACUCCUCCCAGCGUGUUCUCUGCGGACUUCCUGGACAGCGCAGACCUGCAGCUCCACUGGGAGUCGUGCUUGUAGCGCACAGUGACCCUAACCCCCCCCCACACACACACACACACACACACACUGAGACACACGCAAACGCAGACAGACACGCGCACACACACACACGCGUGUGAGUUCUUGUCCUGCUUUGCGGUCACACUUUAGUGUCCAAGUGCCGUCUCCCAACACGCGUGCAGAACCACUCCCACUAUACUGUCUCUACCACUGGCACACACAGACACACACACACACACACACUCACUCUCCCUUUGGGUCACAUGCAGGAGGUUAGGAAUUAAUAUUUUCCCGGUUUUCCCGGCCAUUCCUGCUGAACUGAGGGACACUCUAAAAGGGAGUCGGCCAUCUUGGAUGUGAGGAGAUCCAACAGGUCGAUCCUCUGUCGGUCAUUUUGGAGCCAGCUGUUGUCUCCCAAAACCUGCUGAUUAAUAAGAGGCCUCGUUAAACGCCACAGUGGUUUCAGUUUCACUGUGAGAGAGACGAGAGUCUGUGGUUAUUCCCCACCUCACCUGAGAAGGUAGAAAAAGCAGAAGAAUGAAACGCAGGCAGCAAACUGUGUGUGUGUGUGUGUGUGUGUGUUUGUCUGUGCCCCACUAACUUCGCACUUACGCUGAAUUUGAUUGGUAAAAAAAGAUUAAGGGAGGCAGCUAAACCCUACAGCCCAAUGAGGAUAGGUGGCUUAGUUCGUAAGCCCCUCCCCAUCCAUGUGAUUUAUCCAAUCCGCUGUACCCCUGUAGCUGUUUACAACAGUGCGACCACACACACACUCACACACAUACACACACACACAGUAAAUCAAGCGCUAAACACAGUGUCAUGAGUUUUAAAAAAAAAAAAAAACAGUUGCUGAUGAAAGUCAUCGGCGACAGCCAUUGGUCGAAGGCCUUGAGGUGUGUGUAUAGUAUUACCUGGGAGGAGUCUUCUUGGCAGACCACUAUGCAUUGCUGUAUAUGGGGUGUAUAUUAUCUAAUGUCCAUAAAUGAGUAUUUUUCUUUUCUUUCUUGGUUGCUUUGAGUGGAGCUAGCUGGGCAAGGCCAGGUUUCAAAACAGCUUGGACUCAACUUUUGUUAUUUUUUAAAAGUGUUCAAGGAAAUAAAUAUGCAAUGUAAACUUAGAUUGGUGUGUUUUGUACAAUUCUUUCUAUUUGCAAAAAUUACAAACAUUACAUGGCUCACAUUGCAUACACUAUGGUGCAUAAUUUAUUCAAUUUAUUAUAAAUAUAUUUUUUAACUAAUGCGUUUAUGUAUAUAAUAUAUAGUAAACGAAUCUAUAUAAUCUGAUUUAAAUCUGAUGUUCAGCGGCUGCCGCUAGAGGGCGCCCCCUCAACAGUUGCUUUGAUGCAGAACUUGGUUAGGUAUAAAAGCAACAGCUAACACGAAAAAAUACUUGCGUAACUCCCCGAGAAACCUUUUAAUCUUG